AGUCCGCGAUACUUUCGCCGUGUUAACAGUGCAAAGGGAAUAAACGUAUUGUUCAAAGUGGCUGCCGACGAGGAAAAAUCUUCCGGCGACAGAACCAUGACGCCGACCACAUCGCCGGCCUCGACGCCGAUCACCACACCGACGACGGCCACGUCGGCGGCGGCGGCCUUCCUGGCGUGGCCGCCUCUGCUCCUGCAUCCGUGGGCUCCGGCUCUUCUGCCGGGGGCCUGGUGCAAUCCGGCUCUAAGGUCCGCUCUUCCGGGAUUAUUGGAUAGCAUGAAAAUGAACGGCAGUCCAAUGGGCAGUCAAAAAACCACCCCCGGCUUCGCAAUCAGCGACAUUCUCGAAUUAGACCGUAACACCAACCAAGAAAUGGACCCAAUCAGCCCCGUAGCACCGAUGUACCCCAACCACGACAUGGCCUAUUUUCCCAGACACUGGCCCCAAAAUCCCGAUAACGUACUCCAUCCGCCCCCGCACCACAUGCACAUGACUCACACGUCCCAACUGAGUCCCGAUAGUACUAGUCCCGCGAUAUCCGAAAGAUCUAGCGUCGAACCCAUAACGAAUAACCAAGAAAGUACUUUGCCCCCGAGCCAACCAAACAGCGCACCCUCAGCCUCAGACAACUUGAGCGACAUCGAAGGCGAUGACGAAGGCAUCGACGACAUGAAGGAAUCCGGCGACGGCCAAAGCGGCAGUCACAAAAAGAGGAAACGCAGAGUGCUGUUUUCGAAAGCUCAAACGUACGAAUUGGAGAGGAGGUUUAGGCAACAACGGUACCUGAGUGCGCCCGAAAGAGAACACUUAGCGUCGAUAAUUAGACUGACACCGACUCAAGUCAAAAUCUGGUUCCAAAAUCAUAGGUAUAAGACCAAAAGGGCGCAGCAUGAGAAAGGUCUUCACGAUCAACAGACUAGCAAUACGUUGCCUUCGCCGAGAAGGGUGGCGGUGCCGGUGCUAGUUAGAGAUGGUAAGCCGUGUCUGAGCGGAGGCCCCAAACCUAACGAACCCCUUCCAGGCGGAAUGAUGAUGCCCGGACAUCCCACACAUCAUUUACUUUACGGACAACCGCGAGUUUGGUGGUGAAUGUUAAAUUAAUAUCUAUAUUAAAAAAAACCUUUUUUAGUCAAAGUUAUGUGAUCUUAAUUUUUAAAGAUUGUUGUGAAAUGAAUAUAAAUGAAAUUUACGUUGGAUAGAUAGAUUUCAAAUGAUGGCGAGUUUAGGUAAAGUUUCGACUGACCAUUGGAACGUCGUCAUUCAAUGGACACCACUGUGACUACUUUAACAAAAAACGUUUGCCUUUACUCAAAGUCAUUUCGAAUGUUUUAGGUACUGUCGCCGAUUUUUGUAUAUAAUUAGAGAGUUGUAUAUGUGUAAAUAGAAUUAAUAGAUUUUGUGUAUAUUAGAACGUAAAUAGAACAAAUUAAGAAAUGUGUUAAAGCACCUCUGUUUGUUUCUAUCUGUACAAAAGACUAAUUUAUUGAAAGAAUAAAAGAUAUGCAAUCAUA